GAUUUGCAUCGGAUAUGAGUUUUCCACGUUUUUGAAAUCCCUCUCAUAGUGGAAACAUGGUAAAAAUGGAAAUGGAAAGUUCUGCAGAGGAAUCAGGAAGUGAAUCAAGUUUCCUCCAAACGCCACUUGCUGCAUCCAAACAAAAAUCAGCACCAAGCGAAGAAGAUAGUGGGGAGGAUGACGAUCAAACGAGUGGAGAUGAUGUACCUGACGAUAAGUCGGAAAACUAUCAGCCCACAUCUCAAGAAAUGGCUCCAGCCACUCCAAGGAGUGUGAAUGAUACGCUGAAAAAUUUUUUGAACAAAUUCCCCCAUGUUCGACUUAGGAACGAAAAAUACAGCGCUGAUUUAGAUCUAACUGAUCCGGACGAUGAAAUCUGGAUUGUGCGAUGUCCAGCAGCAAUCGAUGCAAAGAAAGUAUUGACGAAUUCAAAAUUGGAUGCCUGCCAAGUCGGCGAGGCAAGCAAAAUACAUUCACUGCAGACGGAUAAACGAUUGGAAGGCUUCGUGGUUGAGAACACUGCUCAAAAACCAGUAACAAUAUUGGCGGGUAAAAAUUUCAAAUCAUUCGUUCCCAAAGGAACUAUUCAAAUUAGGGAAACAUGCGAUGAUUUUUCUGAUAGCCCUAUGGUGAAACAGGAAGGAUACAAGGGCUCCGAAGAUUCAGUGCCAUUUCCAGAGGAGAUACGUGAACGACAUCCGCUGCUAGGAGUGGACUAUAAAUCCGCAUUGAAACUGCCCAAACGUACCAAAAAGGCUCUGUCACUUGCAGCUCAACGAGCAGAUGCGUGGUAUUUACAAAAUGGAACGGAGCAGAUAGCCGAAACCGUCUCGAAAAAAUCACAUUCGAUUAAAACGAAAAGAAAACGUAAACUCAGCGAACUUCCAAUCAACUGUUCAACUGAUGAAAUGAUUAAAAUGCUCAUCAAGGAAGAGCCUGGAGUGUCACCCAGGAAUAAAAAACAUAAAAAAGAAGCCGUGGCAGAAGAGGACGAUCUUUCAUGGUUACAAAAUAUUUGAAUGGAUCCAAAAAUAAAUUUAAUACAUAUUAUGUGUGUUAUUUAUGAACA